CUUGUGUGUUGAUUUUUAAGCAUUGAUUUGGUUCAUGCCAAUUUUUUCUUUGGGUUUUGAUCUUGGAUUAUGGUAAUGCUGUGUUUGUGGGCUGUUUUUGCAUCUGGGAUUUGAGUUUCAAGGCUUUUGAUCAAUAGAAGUUUGUUCUUGUAGCAUUUGGUUUUGCAUGCAAGAGAUUUUACUUAUCUAACUUUUAUUCGCACCUUGUUUUCCUUUCUGUUUGUCUUAGAUUCUGUGCUGGUAAAGUUGUAUCCUUUGUAGGAUAUAUUUUAGAUUUAAAGUCGGGUUUGUUUUGUUUAUUUGGAUUGUCAUGCAGAGAGGUUCACGGUUUCUGAGUUUAAGUUUGUUUGAAGACUGGCUAGAGGUACUGAUUUUUGGGCUGUGUUUGAGGUUCUGGUUCACGUCAUUUCCGUGCCAACUUUUGGCCUAUCGUUAUCGUUUUUUUGGAUUGGAGUUUGAGAUCUUGGAAUGUCUGUUUACAGUGAAGGUUGUUGAAUGGGGAUUCAGACAAUGGGGUCUCAGUGUGAUGGUAGUAGUAAUGGUAAACAGUCUCAGUUUCAACCGUUGGUAAGACAAAAUUCAAUGUACAGUCUCACACUUGAUGAGGUCCAAAAUCAGUUGGGUGACUUGGGAAAACCACUCACCAGUAUGAACCUAGAUGAGCUUCUGAAGAACGUUUGGACAGUUGAGGCUAACCAGUCUAUGAGUUUGGAAAUGGAGGGCACUGAAUUGGCCAAUCAAAAUGCUCUGCAGCAUCAGGCCAGCCUGUCGUUAACUGGUGCUCUAAGUAAGAAGACAGUUGACGAGGUUUGGAGAGAUAUUCAGCAAAACAAAAAUAGUGGGGAAAGGAAGUCCAGGGAACGACAGCCUACUUUAGGAGAGAUGACUUUGGAGGAUUUCUUGGUGAAAGCAGGAGUUGUAGCGGAGGGAUCUGUGGACCAAAAAACUGGUGGUCCUGUUCUUAGCAUUGACCAAAAUUUAACACCACAGUUUCCACAAGGUCAAUGGAUGCAAUACCCACAUCCGCAAUAUCAGCAAGCACAACAAAGUAUGAUGGGAGUUUACAUGCCAGGGCAGCCUAUACCACAGCCACUGCACAUGGGGACAGGUGCUAUAAUGGAUGUUUCAUACGCAGAUAAUCAGGUGGCCUUAACUUCACCUUCAAUGGGAACGUUAUCAGAUACACAGAGUCUUGGAAGGAAAAGAGGCACCCCGGAAGAAAUAAUUGAGAAGACUGUUGAGAGGCGGCAAAAGAGGAUGAUAAAGAACCGGGAGUCUGCUGCACGUUCACGAGCAAGAAAGCAGGCGUACACUAAUGAGCUGGAGAACAAAGUUUCUCGUUUGGAAGAGGAAAAUGAAAGGCUGAGGAAACGGAAGGAGCUUGAGAAGCUGUUGCCAUGUGCUCCACCACCUGAGCCGAAGUAUCAGCUUCGCAGAACGACAUCAGCCCCAUUCUAACAUCUUUUACGCUGUGGGAAAGUUUUGUAGAUAUGACGCAUCCCAAGUUGUCUCUUUUAGUUAAAGCUAAGCGAGUUCUGUGUCUGGAUGUUGUAAAGCAGCAAUCUGUUGCUUCUGGCAUUGAUGGUUUGGUUCUCCAUGAGGUUUUUCUUGUGACAACUUAUCUGUGAUAUCAGUUGCAUUAUAAUUUUCAUGGUACACUGUACUUAUCACCAUUGAG